AUGAGUGUACGUAUCAGUUUUACGCAAGCACUUCGUGGCUUGCGAUUGCAGAAGACACUUCGAACUUCUGGAAGCAGUGUUUCCUACAACAGACCAGCCAGCCAGCCAUGGUUGGCUUCUUCUGCUUGUUACUAUCAUGUUACUAGUCGAUUUGCAAGUACAGCAAUUGGUAAAAAUGCCAACAAGCACAAGCAAUCUGGAGCCAAUGAUGAUCGAGAUCCGGUCGAGCUAUUCAAUACCCACCUUCAAGAUGGAACUCUCACCAAACCAAUGGCUCAGUCAUACCUUAAAACAGUAACUAGACAGGAACGCUAUGAUGGCGGAUUGGGUGAAGCUACCAUCAAAUGGAUGUGGAAUGAACACGACAGCUACGAGUUUCCAAGAGACACCAGUCUUCUAGACCACAUGGUCAGACACCUCGUAAGGGAGGGCAAAGAGGAGCUGGUAUGGAAAUGGAUUGAACAGAAGAGUCGGAAAUCCGGCAAUCUCGGUCCCACUGAGCGAUUCGUUUGGCGAGCCGACACUGUAAAAGCGCUCAUCGGCGCAAAAGCAUUCGCCUCGGACCGCGACAGUCUCGACGGAGCUUUGGAAACAUUCUUUCGUGCGAAGAGCAGCACAUACUCUAUCCCGCUUUCGCCAGCCAGAAUGAAUUGUGCUACAUUGCUUAUGAUGCCGGCGGAGAAGGCCGGCAUGUCUACGAAUUCCGACGCUAAGAUCGAGACACCACGAUGGCCAAACACCAGUGUCAAGUUGUGGGAAGACUUUCUCGAGAAUGUCGAUGCCAGACAGGAUAUCAGUGAGCCUUUCCAGGUGCAGCUACCACUAUAUCACCCAGAAGGCCCCAACCCGGUUCCCUACCUCAAACACUGUCGGAAGCUGGCAAAGGAUACCAUUCUCGUACAACGCCUGGCGAAAAGAUCAUCAGUAACGCCUUGGAUUGGACGAGGCAAACAUGCUGAGGCAGUGUUGCGUCAGCAGGGACAUGACGAAGACGCCAAUUGGUUGAAAGACUUCCUGCAAAACUUGCAUACAAGGUCCGAGCCUAUCAGGAAGAAGGAGGACCAGAAAAGAGAGAAGAAGCGCGGAAGGAACGGUCCGAAGAAAUAG